AUGACGAACAGUUUGUUUUCAUGGAGUCUUAUUCCGAUUCUUAUGAGAGCCAUAAUCUCUACCAUUAUUCUGAGAUUUUGUUUCCUGAAGAAUGAUGCUAGUACUGUUCAUGGAGCUUCCGUGACGCGCAAGAAUGUCGACUUUCACGUUGCCCCAAUGCAGUGCUACACCAAUCUCGCCUUCCGAAGACUUUGUUCGAACCUAUCUCCCACCUCUACAUAUUGGACAGAAAUGGAAAAGGCAGAUGAUCUAAUGCCCAACAUUCGAGAAUCCUUGAUUCAACGGUUAUUGGGUGAUGAUCCAAGAAGAAGCGACACUUCUUAUUACCACCACCACCAAGAACAAGAGAGGAGGCUUGUCUUGCAGCUUGGUUCGAAUGACCCACGCAAAGUUCAAGAAUGUGUCAAAGCUGCAAUGGCGUUAGAAUACAAACAAUUGAAAGAAAUCAAUUUGAAUUGUGGUUGUCCUGCCAUUGAUUCUGGUGGAGCCCCGACCUAUGGGGCGAGCUUGAUGAAGGAUCCGACUCUGACGGCCUCACUGGUCGAAUCCUGCGUUCAAAGCUGUUGGAAGGAGGGCAGGAACAAGGUGGACGUCUCGGUCAAGUGUCGGAUUGGUGUGGUGGAUCACGCUGAUGACUUAUUGGAUACAACAAAUACAAAGUCAACCCCCGCAUCCCCAUCCUCGUCUACUUUAGGCUACGACUAUGGACGAUUGCACGACUAUGUUUCCCACAUCGAAAAUGCUGGUGCAAAUCAUGUCAUUUUACACGCCCGUCCAGCCGUCUUGGCAGGAUUGAGCCCCGUCAAGAAUCGAAUUGUCCCCACCUUGCAAUACGAAAUGGUGCGACAAAUUGCCAAGGAUUUUCCAAAUCUCAAGGUGACCUUGAAUGGAGGCAUUCGGUCUCUUUCCCAAUUAAAAUACGAGAUUACUGCUUCUGAUGGCGAUGAGGAUGGUGCUGUUCAAAGUGGUACUAUUUCUAGUUUCAUGGCGGGACGAUGGAUCCUGCAAAGGCCGUUGGAUUUAAUUGGUAUUGAAGGAUGGCUCCAACAACAGCAACGACGACCACGGCCCGAAGCCACAAAUAAUGGCCCGCCAUCAUCGUUAUCACCAACACCACCAUUAGAACUUGACGCAGCCAAUCCAGAUGCAUUUGUCAUUGCCAAACAUGCUCUUGAAGAUUAUUUGGACUAUUGCCUUCAGCAGCAAAGCGCUAGUAGUACUAGUAGUAGUACUAGUACUAGUACAAAAACCAAGAAUGCAUCGUCAAUAACGACGACAAUAACAACAACAACAACAACAACAACAGCAUCGGACCUCUGUUUGCCCUUGUUCUUGGUCGUCGAACAACUCCGAGAAGAUUAUGACGAUGACAACAACGAUGGCAUGGAAGUACCACCACCCAUGAUGCUGUCCUAUGAAGAAAUGGAAUCCUUGUACGAUCUGCUCCAAGAUGGAAUCUCGGAACUGAGCGAUUGCAUGGGAAAAGGCAACCACCAAAAAAAGAAGUCUGGUCACAAGGAUUCUUCCAGCGUCAAUUUCAAACGACUAUCCACUUCGUUCAAAUCCUUGGUUGGGACCAAGGUUGCCAACAAGUGGAAACGCAAUCGAGCCGAACUGUCGUAG